ACAUUUAAUAACCCAACUUUAACUCGGAAAAAGUUGGCAACUCGUGUGUGGCUAUCAUUUCUUGACAUUACUUUGACAUUUAACUGUCAGUGGAGAGAUUUUUGUAGCAGCGCUGUUAACAGUUGCGUCGAAAAGCCAAACAAAAAUGUCAGCUCUUUUGCGUUUUGUAAACCGUGCUGCUUUGCACCGCACAUUGGCCGUGAGGGGUAUCAAAACAUCACCAAAAAAAGAUGAAACAGCUGCCAUCGCUACCCCCGUAACCAAAGAAGAUUUUGCAAACCCCAAUCCCAAGAAUUGGGUAAGCUACGGUUUUGAUCACAAAGACGAAGCCAAUGACCGUAACUCAACAAAAGCUUCUUUCUUCUUUGCCGUAACAUUGUGUUUGGUGUGGGGUACAUUCUUCUGGGCCUACUUGCCCGAUACACAAAUGCGUGAUUGGGCUCAACGUGAAGCAUUUUUGGAGCUGAGACGCCGUGAAAAGGCCGGUUUGGAUUUGGUCAGCCCCAACUAUGUGGACCCAUCCACAAUUGUACUGCCUUCCGAUGAAGAAUUGGGUGACACCGAAAUCAUCAUCUAAACAAUUUUUGUGCUUUUCUUUUUAAAGAAUUAAAACUACUAUUAAGUGUAAUUGAUAAACAAAAACGUUAUGUAAUGAAUAAAUAGAAAAUUCGAACAACCCACUGAAGGGGGAAGCUGUUGAAAUAACGGAAAAAAAUUGUCGGAAAAGUGAA